AUGUCAGCUCCUAUUUCAAAAAAGAGAAAGUUUAUUAAUGAUGGUGUUUUUCAAGCCGAGUUAAAUGAAUUUUUAGCUCGUAUUUUGGCAGAAGAUGGAUAUUCAGGUGUUGAAGUUAGGGUUACACCUAUAAGAACGGAGGUUAUUAUAAGAGCCACUCGUACUAGAGAAGUUCUUGGAGAUAAAGGAAGGAGAAUACGUGAAUUAACAUCAUUAGUACAAAAAAGAUUCUUUAAUAAAUCAACAAAUAGUGUUGAAUUAUUUGCUGAAAGAGUAGAACAUAGAGGAUUGUGUGCAAUGGCACAAGCCGAAUCUUUAAGAUAUAAAUUAUUAAAAGGAUUAGCAGUAAGAAGAGCAUGUUAUGGAGUUUUAAGACAUAUAAUGGAAUCUGGUGCUAAAGGAUGUGAAGUUAUUGUAUCAGGAAAAUUAAGAGCUCAAAGAGCUAAAAGUAUGAAAUUUAGAGAUGGUUAUUUAAUAUCUACAGGAGAACCAUCCAAAAGAUUUGUUAACACUGCUACCAGAUCAGCACAAUUAAAACAAGGAGUCUUAGGUAUUAAAGUUAAAAUUAUGUUACCAACAGCUAUUGAUACUAGAACAGGAUUAACUUCUAUUUUACCAGAUAAUAUUUCUGUUUUAGAACCAAAAACAGAUACUGUAGAUUUAUAA